UCGGGGACGGCUGCGAUGGCUCCAGCGCUGGGGCUGGGGGUGCUCUUGGGGCUCCUGGCGCUCCUGGGGGACCCGGGGGCCGCGACGAAAGUUCUUUGCUCCCUCCGCUUUCUUAAGGGGGUCCCAAGGGGUCCCAGGUGGUUCUCAGAGGGCUCCAGGACGCUCGCAGGGGAUCCAGAGGAAUUCUCUGGAAUUUCCCCGUCCCCUCCUCCCCCCGCCCUCUCCGGUCCCUUUCGCUUCCGCGUCCCAACCUGCGAGACCGGGAUCUGCCCGGCGACCGGUGACGUCACUGACAGUUCGGGCUGCUAUUGGCGAACAGGAAAUAGCGGGACCAAUGGCGGGGCCGGAGGCUGCUCUGGGGGCGGGACCAGAGCUGGGGCGGGGCCAGGGCUGUGGCCGGGGCUGCAGCGGAGCAGCGCCAUGGCUCCAGCGCUGUGGCUGGGGGUGCUCUUGGGGCUCCUGGGGGACCCGGGGGGCGCGACGAAAGUUCUCCACUCCUUGCAUUACCUGCAAGUGGCGGUGUCAGAGCCCAGCCCGGGGGUCCCCGAGUUCAUGGAUAUGGGGUUCGUGGAUGGGAUCCCCUUCACGCGCUACGACAGCGAGCGGGGCCGGGCGGAGGCACUGACACAGUGGAUAAAGGAUGGAGCCGAGCCGGGAUAUUGGGACAGGCAGACCCAGAUUGCUGUGGGGAACCAGCACGUGGCUGCCAGGAACCUGGAGACAUUGCGGGAGCGGUACAACCAGAGCAGGGGUGUCCACACAGUGUUGAGAGUUUAUGGCUGUGACCUCCUGUCUGAUGGGAGCAUCCGUGGAUCUGAGCGGCACAGCUAUGAUGGGCGGGAUUUCAUCUCCUUUGACCCGGAAUUCGGGAGAUUCGUGGCGGCCGACAGCGCUGCUGAGAUCACCAGGAGGCGCUGGGAGCAGGAACAGGAGGCUGAGAGGUUGACGAAUUACCUGAAGCACGUCUGCCCAGAAUGGCUCUGGAAAUACGUCGGAUACGGGCAGAAAGAGCUGGAGCGCAAAGAGCCCCCUGAUGUCCAUGUAUCCAGAAAAGAGGAACACGGGACACUGAUCCUGUCCUGCCACGCAUACGGAUUCUACCCCAGCACCAUCGCAGUCAACUGGAUGAAGGGGGAUGAAAUCUGGGAUCAGGAGACAGAGUGGGGCGGGAUCGUUCCCAACAGCGACGGCACCUUCCACACCUGGGCCAGGAUCCAGGUGCUGCCGGAGGAGUGGGAGCAGUACCGGUGCAGGGUGGAGCAUCCCGGAAUGCUGGAGCCUGGGAUCUUCACUUGGGAGCCGACAUCUGGCGGAAAUCUCACUGUGGUGGUCACUGUGUCCGUCAUCGCUGCCAUCCUCAUCCUCACUGUCCUCAUUGGAUUCGGUGUCUGGAAGCUCCAAUCCGGGAAGAGGGACAGGAGUGGAUACAACGUGGCAGCUGGAAAGGACGUGGGAAUGAAUGGCUCGACCACAGGAAUCACAGCCUGAGCGAUCCAUGGAGCUGGAUCCAGCCUCUCCCCUCUUCCCAGGAAAGCUGAGAGCUGCCAGCAGAGCUCAUCCCGCUGCUCCCACCCACCCCACAGCUCUUGUUAAGGGAUCCAUUUCCUAUUUUCCGUUUCCCAAUGUCAAGACCCACAAAUAUUCCCAAUGCUUCACUUCUGGUAUGAAAUUAUCCUGCUUGGGGCAAUAAAUCGAGCUUGGGGCAAUAAAUCCUGCUUUGGGCAAUAAAUCCGGGUUCUCUC